AUCCCUUCACAAUUCCUCACACCUCAAACAACUCUCUCUCUCGAUCUCUCCCAAUUCCUCACACCUCAAACACCUCUCUCUCUCUCUCUCUCUCUGCUAUUGUGAUGGCGACGAUAUGGAUAAUUGCGUGCGUUGCGAUUUUGGUGAUGGCCGGAGGCGCCGAGAGCAGCCAGCCGGAAUGCGAUAAGGUCCCCUUCACUCCACUGCCCAAUGCUGUUGAAAAAGGAACAGUUUGCAUCGACGGCUCACCGGAGGGCUACUAUCUGGUGCCGGGCUCAGGCGACGGAGCCAAAAAUUGGCUCAUCUAUAUCAAUGGAGGCGGGUGGUGUGAAACCAUUACUGCCUGUCGUGAUAGAUUUGACGAAUACAAUGGGAAUAGCAGAAUCAGCUUUAGCAAGAUUCCCAAUUCAAAUGGCACUCUCAGUAAAGCCAAAGAUUUCACUGGCAUUCUUAGCCAAAAUGAAGCCAUAAAUCCGGAUUUCUAUAAUUGGAACCGGAUUUACGUCACCUACUGUGACCAGGCAUCAUUCCUCGGAGACACUGUAGUUGACGAUGGUCAAGGGCCAAUAGUCCAAUUCAGAGGGUCGAGGAAUUUCGAUGCUCUGGUGGAGGAACUUUUGGCUAAGGGAAUUGGUGCCGGAGAGAAUGUUAUUCUUUCCGGUAGAUCGGCCGGAGCACUAGCAACGAUACUACACUGCGACGGCUUCCGAGCACGACUCCCCAACGUCGGCAGGGUGAAGUGUCUUUCCGAUGCUGGAUUUUUCAUCCGAGCAGAAAAUGUCCCCAAUGCAGACUACAGGGACCAAUUUUUUGCCUCGGUCAUCCAGCUCCACAAUAUAUCUAGCCUCUUGCCGGCGACAUGCACACAAAUAAGAGAUCCGAGUUUGUGUCUCUAUCCGGAAUAUCUAGUAGGAGACAUUCAAACUCCACUAUUUAUAUUAAAUAGUGCAUUUGAUUUAUUUCAGCUUGAAUCCAGAGUCGUACCUCCAAAUUAUCCCGAUUUCGAUAAAUGGGAAUUCUGCUUGAACAGUAGCCGUUGUACAGCUGCUGAUUCCCAACUUAUAAAAGAUUUUGGGGGUGCUUUUUUCAAAGCUAUUGAUAAUCUCCCCUAUAAUCCUUCGAGAGGCAUGUUUAUAUACGCAUGCUUCGCACACUCAGUGGCAUAUCGUGAGCAGUAUUGGUCACCAAAUUCCACAGUCAAAUUGGGAAAUAUGACCAUGUUGGAGGCCUUUGGAGAUUGGUAUUUCGAUAGGAAUUCGGUUACUUUGAUCACCCCAUCUACUUCUCGAGAGUUUUGUAGAUGAUAUUUUAAGUGUUUAAUUGCAACUUUUAAUAGUGUUUUGGGCCAUUUAAAUUAAUGUGUUUUUUAAUUUAAAUUAAUGUGUUGGUCCAUUUCUUUUCACAACGAAUCUAUCAAUAUUUUUGUCUACUGAUUUGAUGAGAUAACUAUUUCGGAAGA